AUGGGGAGGUACGUGACACUCUACCAAGCUACAGAUAACCGUGGUACAUGCGGUUACUAUAAAUGCGAUGGUUCAACGGCCAUGGAUUUCUGUGAAGUUUUGGUUAUGGCAUGCACGCCGAAUGCCAAAUAUGGAGCUAACUGUGACAUGCACUGUAACCUACGUAAAUGUGCAUCUUCGUCUGCAUCCUGUGAUGUACGGACAGGAGACUGUGGUAAUGGUGAAUGUCGCCCAGGUUACCAGGGAGUCGACUGCACGCAAGCAUGUGAGAGUGGUGUAAAGUACGGCUCUAACUGUAUCAAGUCAUGUGCUGACCGACACUGUGCUCCUAGUGGCUCGUACAGAUCCUCGUGUCCUGCAGCUACUGGAAAAUGUGAUUGGGGAUGUGACCCAGGAUGGAAGGGAGACGACUGUACACAAGCAUGUGGGAGUGGUGUAAAGUACGGCUCUAACUGUAUCAAGUCAUGUGCUGACCGUCACUGUGCUCCUAGUGCCUCGCACAGAUCCACGUGUCCUGCAGCUACUGCAUGUGAGCGUGGUGUAACGUACGGCUCUGAUUGUAUCAAGUCGUGUGCUGCUCGUCACUGUGAUUCUAGAUACUCGUCGCAGUGUCCUGCAGCUACUGGGAAAUGUUCUCGGGGAUGUGACCCAGGAUGGAAGAGAGACGACUGUACACGAGAUACCCCGGAGUACGAUCUUUAG